AUGACCAAGCCAAGAAUUUUGACUGUCUUGUCCUCGCACUCCGCAGGAUGGUACCUGCCAGAGCUAGCCCACCCAUACGAAGUCCUAUCUCCAUACUGCGACAUAGUAAUGGCAUCUCCCAAAGGCGGCGCCACAAUCCUCGAUCCGGUGUCCAUCGAACUCUUCAAAAAGGACGCAUACUGCGUCGAGUUCGCAGCUACGAAAUCGAAGCUGUGGCUUGAGACGGAGAAGCUGGAGUCAUUCCUGGGAAAAGCAAAGGAUUUCAUUGCUAUUCUCUAUGUUGGCGGGUUUGGACCCAUGUUCGACCUCUCCGACAAUCCCACAUCUGCACAACUCAUCCAAGAAUUCUACCUCGCAGACCGUAUCAUCUCAACCGUCUGCCAUGGUACUGCCGCGCUUCUCAAAGCAAGGCUCCCUGAUGGAACUCUCCUUGUGACCGGAGAGAGGAUCACUGGGUUUAGCGGCCAGGAGGAGAUUGAUGUGGAUAGACAGAAGGAUAUGCCGUUUCAUUUGGAGAAUGCACUGAAUGAAGCGAGUGGAGGACUUUAUGAGAAGGCGAAGAAAGCUUGGGAGCCGCAUGUGGUUGUUAGUACUACGAAAAGGUUGGUGAUGGGCCAGAAUCCGGCGAGUGCGAAGCCGUUUGCUGAGGCGCUGUUGGAGAAGAUUAAGGCUUAUCCUGCUGCAUAG